AUGUCAAACCUCACAAUCACCGCCCCCUCCACCACCACCGGCCCCGCCUUCCCAACCUACACCUUCACCAACUCCUCCAUCGCCAGCACCCACAUCCGCACCACCACCGACUCCAACGGCGACGUCGAGACCGUCACAGACAUCACCGUCGUCCAUCCCACCGACACCACCGGCACCACCGACUCUUCGCCCGCGGGACCGACCGAGAGCACCGGUGCUGGGGAGAAGAAUCAGAAGCGGAGGAGGAUGCCCAAGGGGAAGAAGAGGAGUGGGAUUAAUUAA